GGUGCGGUCAGUCGCAUCUCGUAGCACACGGAAUAGCUGCGUGUUUGCAUUUGUGUAUUGUUAAAAUUGUGUGUAUUAUGGAAACAAAACUGUUUAUUUUUUUGGUUGCUAUCUCUGCGUGCAACGGAAACAUUGAUUUGGGUACUAUAAUAUCGUCAGCACAUUCAAAAUUACACGAUGUUGCUGGUGGUAUCAUUGGUGGUAUUGCUCAAGGACUUCAUUUAAAUCGCGAAGAAAACCAACCUAAAAAGGCACCUCAAGAGACCAUUAUAGUGGUCGUUGAAAGUGAAACUAAUCCGAACGAACAACAUCGACCUCCUGGCAAUCAUAGGCCACUUCCAAAUCAACAAAGACCUCCCUUCAAUAACAACGGAGCUUAUGGCCAAGGAUUCAAUGAUUAUAGGCCCCAUCAACAAGGAAGACCACAGCAUCAGGGAAAUGAAAACUUUAACAACAACGGUAAUUAUAAUAAUUUUAAUCAAGGCUACCCCAAUAAUUAUGGAUAUAAUGGAAACAAACCAAAUAGAUACCCACAUCGUCCGAACGAAGGAUAUAUGAAUUAUGGAAGACCGCAAUAUCCUCCACAACAUAAUGGCAAUAAUAACUUCAAUCACCAUAACAAUGGUAAUAACAAUUACGGAUAUAAUCCCAAUUUAAAUCCAGGGAAUAUUAAUAACGGUAGACCUAAUCAACCAAACCUAUAUGAUAAUAAUAAUCAAAAUAAUAACAAUGAUUACGGUAAUGGAAAUAGUAACAACGAUAGGCCUAAUCGACCAAACCUAUAUGACAAAGAACAGCAAAAUAAUAACAAUAAUAAUUACGGGACUGGAAAUAAUAACAACGGUAGACCUAAUCGACCAAACCUUUAUGACAAAGAACAACAAAAUUAUAACAAUAAUAAUUACGGAAAUGGAAAUAAUAACAACGGUACACCUAAUCGACCAAACAUAUAUGACAAAGAACAGCAAAAUAAUAACAAUGAUAACGAUAAUAAUAAUGGAAAUUCAGAUGGCAGCUAUUUAAAUAAUCGGCCAACCACUGAAUUUUCAACAAAAAAACCAAGCUUUACCGUCGCACCAACCGUGACAACGAAGACACCAGACAAUGAUGUUCCAUUGUUUAUACCUCUUUUACCAGAUGAAAAUAUUAAAGAUAAAAAUGUUACAGAUCCCAAGAGGGAAACUGAUAAGGAUAAAGAAGAAGAAGAAGAUUUUGAAUUAGACAUAAGGAUUAAAGACUAAGGCAGAACAAAUAUUCUGCUUAUAUCUUUUGAUUAAAACUUCAAAUUUAAAUAUAUUGCCUAGAAUAUUAUUUUACUUUUUUAUAGUAACAUGAUAAACCGCAAAAUGAGUAUUAUGUUAUUUACCUAUAAACUAAUUUGUAAUUAAUAUUCUACUCCGCCUUUACAAUACAGAUUUGUAUAUAUAUUGAAAAAAUAAUAACUUUUAUUAUAUUUGAGAAAAUAUUAUUAUUUUUUCUAAUAAAAACUAUUUUAGUAAAUAAGUAAAGAUUUAGUAUAGUUUUACGCAAUAAUAUAUAUUGCUCUAUAAUAUAAUAUAGAGGCAGAUAGGAACUAUUAUAUAAACAUUUAUUCGCAGUGUUAGGUUUUGCAUUUAAAUUUCAAACUACUAAGAAGCAAGGCCGAAUAAAUAAUUUAAACCUCGUCACAAUAGGAUUUCCCCCAUAUGUUUAUCACGACAUCAUUAUAAAUAUUAUUUCUUCAUGUAUACAAAAAGCGUAGCAUUACCUGCAUAAGACGUCGCUUACUUGGUUAUUACACAUCCAACAGUUUUCUAACAAAGACAUUUUAUCUAAAAAAUCUUUAUUCAAAACAAUACAAAAUAUUACAUACAAUUCUUUUAAUUAAUCUAGUGAUUCAAGGAAACCAUUACAUCAUGUUGGGUUUGCAUAUUUUCCUGGUUUUGUCGACAGUAAAUAAUAUUGUCAGUCAAGAAGUAGUUGUGUCGCAAGUAACUCGAACUGAGACAGUUAUUGUGAAAUCAAGAAGUUCAAGUCCUAACCAGGAAAAGAGGUUAAUAAACAUUGAGAAUACAGGAUUGCCUCCGACGAUUUCAUCAUCUAAUAAAAAGUUAAUAAACUUCCAUAAAUCGUCUAAAGAAAACGACAACAAUUUAACAUUAUUGUCACCUAGUAUUCAUUUGGAAAAUACAAAAAUUUAUAAUCCUCAAACAAUACGAAAUAUGUCUGAGAAGUCGAAUCAAAACAAUACAAGUAAGUUACCAUCAAGUCAAGUCAAAUCAAGCAAUAGUAAUGAUAACCCGGAUAAAGUCAAGGUCAAGCCUUUAGAUUUAUUCCCGGUGAAUUCAAUCAAUUCAGCAAAUUCUACGAUCGACUUCGAGCCUUCAACAAAUAAAACCGUUAUACAAAGCGUUGGGAAAGCAAGUGAUUUAGAAGGUGCAACAGAAAACAGUCUUCAUAAUGUAACAUUCCAAACUAAAUCAGCGUUUAAUGGUGACAACUGUCCAACGGGCUAUGUAAAGGUAAAUGGGCAAUGUGUUAUGCCUGAUUUAUAACGUUUUACACAGUGUAACUCCAAUUCUAACUAAGCAAAGAGCUGUAGUGACUUGCAUUUCGCAUAAAAUUCACGGUAUCGUACAUAUGGUAAUCAUUGGUAAUACUUAAUUAUAACGUAUUGUAAUAAUUCUUUUUGCGGGCAUUAUAAACAGGAUAUUAUACAGCUAUGACAUAAUGUAGUAUUAUAUAUUAUUAUAUUUGUUUUUUAUAGUUUGAAAGGAGAUUGCAAAAAAAUUAGCAUAAUAAAAAAAAAACUUUACCUAUUGCUGGGUACUUAUAAAAUGUUAAUUAUUAAGAAUUAAUAAUUAUCUACAUUCUACGCUCUCUAGAAUAUUGUUUUACACCAAAUUUUACUAGAAAAUAAUAUUAUACCUGAAUGUAAUGUUAAUCCAUUUUAAAAGUAAGAUUAAAUGUUAAUCUUACUUACACCUACUUAAAAAUAUAUGGUCUUGCUUAUAUCAAUUAAAUAAUAGUUCUCCUAUUUACAAACUUGGAAUAUCUUUUAGAUUUAUAAACUUACAAGAUAGCAAAUGUUAAAAUAUGUAAUUCUAAUUGCUCUUUUCUAAUUUAUAUAAGUCGACAUAACCGAUUAAAGCAAUACUUCUAUAUAUUUUAUUAACAUAAGUAAAUGUUUGUUCUUGUAUAUAUUACACAUAACACGUACAUAUAAUAGUUUAAAGUUUUUUAUGUGUCUUAGUGUAUUUAAUCUAAAAUAUAGAUUCAAAUCUUUGUUGAUGCUUUUACAAAGCAAGAUCAUUACGACUGAAUGAAACAAGUUAAAAUAUAUGUAACUGGUUUUCUAUGUGAAACACAAUUUUAUUGCUAUUUGAAAUAACGAGUAGAAAAUUAUCUAUCUAUUAUAUUAUAAUUAAACGAAUACUAUUAUAUCUAAUAAAGUACAUAAGCAAAUUAAUAUUACAAACUUUAAAAAAAAAUAGGUCUGUAAUACCAUUUUUUAUGUAAACUGUUUUUUAUCUACCUUAUACCAUAUCUAAUAAAUAAUUAAUCAAUGAGUCUCAACGCGAUAAUACACUAUUAAUUUCAUCUGCUUACUUUGCAAUUAUAAUUUAAAUGGCAAUCUUAAUUUUGUUUAACAUAAUAAGCAAGCUGAAAUUUGGUGUUAAAUAAAGAAUAGAAACUGUAAAUGUAGCUACAAAAAAACAUGUUUUGACUCUGUGAAGCAUCAAGCAUCGAAAAAUAUACAAUGCUUUAAAUAAAUAAACGCACUAUUAAGCUUAAAACUUC